AUGGAUACACCAUGGGUGGACGCUAACAACGACGAGUGGGUACAAGAUGGGUCGCCGGCGCAUUCAGGCACGCCGGUUAAGAUUGACACUCUGCAAUUUGUUCCGAAGAAUACCAACCCAAAGGAGUUCAAGGCAUUGCAACAACAGAUAAAGGACAACCGUCGUGCAGACAAAAUCAGCGCUGGUCCCCAGUCUCAUAUCCUCGAAGGCGUGUCCUGGGACGAAGCUAGCAAGCUGGUGGGUGAAGAUGCUGCCAAUACGCAUACCGGAGAUCACGUUGUGCUGAUGGGUGCGGCAUCCAAGGGCAUAAUCCAGCGUGGUUACCAGCACCACGCCACCGUGUACAGCGCACCAUACGCGCGCAACCCCUUCGACCACAUCUCUGACAGGGAGAUUGACGAGUACCGGCGUAUCGUGGAGCGCAAGCAGCGAUCUGAUUAUGACACAGACCUGUCUGAAUCGGAAGCGAUCUCGGCUGCGCAAAUAACAUCACCAGCUAGCGCGCCUUCGGAGACCGAAGAGGAGUCUCGCGAUGAGCACCGCGUAUUGAGAAUAGAAACGAAGCAAGCCCCAAUCAGGAGCCAGCCUGAAGUUGUGCUCUCCGACGUGGAUACGACAGACUUCCUGCACGCGGAACGGGCGCACGCCGACCGGACUAGAGACCAACGCGAUCCAAAUCUUCUGUCUGACGAUGAAGUGUUCUUCGAAUCUUCUGUGUCGACUGUGACGUCAUCAGUGACGUCACCAGUGGUUUCCGAGCCGAGGCAGCCUGUGGUUAUUAUCAAACCUCCUGCUGUUGUUCAUCAGACCGUUGUUAGAGGCGAGCAUACAGUGAAUGGUGAUCAUUCUGACGCGCAUCAGAGCACAUUCUCCCACAGCAGUAAAGAGGGCUCUCCUUCCAAGGAAGUAUCGACAGAGGACUCUCCGAAGAAGGACAAGAAGAAGAAGAAGGGCCUCCGGACGCCUUCGUUCCUCAAGAAGAAGAAAGAGAAGAAGAAGUCGUCCACGCCACAGCCCGCCUAGAGAUAAACCUACAAAUCUACACUGCCAUCUUCGCUUUCAUUACGUAUAACUGUAAUCGUGAGGUUCUACCGCUUUCUAUUAUUAUGUAUAUAAAAUUAAAAACACCGAACGAUCGCUCCACGCUUUGACAGUAGAAUAGCACACAUUGAUAUAUAUAUA